AUGAAGAAAGCAAGCCGGAGUGUUGGCUCAGCGCCUAAGGUGUCGGGGGUAAGCAGAGUGCAGGCGGCAGACAGAGCCAGGCCCGAGAGCAGCUCCUCAGCCUCUGCGGGCAGCAGACCCGUGAAGCCUGGGGCCACAGCAGCCCUGUCGAAGACCAAGAGCAGUGAUGACCUUUUAGCUGGGAUGGCUGGAGGGCUGACCGUGACCAAUGGUGUCAAAGGGAAGAAGAACGCCUGCUCUUCCAGCGCGCCACCUGCGCCCGCCUCUGCCAUGAGCGCCGCGGAGAACAGGCCGAGGACCAGCACAGGCACGAGUUCUUCAACCAAGCGGAGCACUUCCACAGGUAAUAAAGAGUCCAGUUCUACUAGAGAAAGAUUACGUGAACGUACCCGACUAAACCAGAGCAAAAAACUACCUUCUGCAGGUCAGGGGGCUAAUGACGUGGCGUCGGCCAAACGCUCACGCAGUCGCACGGCUGCAGAAUGCGAUGUCCGCAUGAGCAAGUCUAAGUCGGACAAUCAAAUCAGCGACAAAGCUGCUCUGGAGGCCAGAGUGAAGGAUCUUCUCACCUUGGCCAAAACCAAGGACGUGGAGAUUUUACAUCUGCGGAGCGAGCUCCGGGACAUGCGUGCUCAGCUGGGCAUCAGCGAGGACCCCCUCCCUGAGGGCGACGAGAAGUCCGAGGAGAAGGAGGUCAGCGCCGCCCACCCACCCACUGACGUGGAGUCCACGCUGCUGCAGCUGCAGGAACAGAACGCCGCCAUCCGCGAGGAGCUCAACCAGCUGAAGAACGAGAACCGGAUGCUGAAGGACCGGCUCAACGCUCUGGGCUUCUCCCUGGAGCAGAGGCUGGACCAUUCCGAAAAGCUGUUUGGUUAUCAGUCACUGAGCCCAGAGAUCGCCCCGGGUAACCAGAGCGAUGGUGGGGGGACGCUGGCCUCCUCGGUGGAGGGCUCGGCCCCUGGCUCGGUGGAGGACCUGCUGAGCCAGGAUGAGGGCGCGCUCAUGGGCCGCCAGCACAUGGACAUCAGCAACUCCCUGGACAACCUGGGCAGCGAGUGCAGCGAGGUGUGCCAGCCCCUCACGUCCAGCGACGACGCCCUGGACGCGCCCUCGUCCUCGGAGUCAGAAGGCGUCCCGAGCCUGGCGCGCUCGCGCAAGGGGAGCAGCGGGAACGCCAGCGAGGUGUCCGUCGCGUGCCUGACGGAGCGCAUCCACCAGAUGGAGGAGAACCAGCACAGCACGAGCGAGGAGCUGCAGGCCACGCUGCAGGAGCUGGCCGACCUGCAGCAGAUCACCCAGGAGCUGAACAGCGAGAACGAGCGGCUGGGCGAGGAGAAGGUGAUCCUCAUGGAGUCCCUGUGCCAACAGAGCGACAAGCUGGAGCACUUCAGCCGGCAGAUCGAGUACUUCCGCUCCCUCCUGGACGAGCACCACGUGUCCUACGUCAUAGACGAGGACGUGAAGAGCGGCCGCUACCUGGAGCUGGAGCAGCGCUACGUGGACCUCGCGGAGAACACCCGCUUUGAAAGGGAGCAGCUCCUUGGCGUGCAGCAGCACUUAAGCAACACCCUGAAGAUGGCCGAGCAGGACAACAAAGAGGCGCAGGAGAUGAUCGGGGCGCUCAAGGAGCGCAGCCACCACAUGGAGCGCGUCGUCGAGUCCGAGCAGAAGGGCAAGGCGGCCUUGGCCGCCACGCUGGAGGAGUUCAAAGCCACUGUGGCCAGUGACCAGAUCGAGAUGAAUCGCCUGAAGGCCCAGCUGGAGAACGAGAAGCAGAAAGUGGCGGAGCUGUACUCUAUCCAUAACUCUGGAGACAAGACUGACAUUCAGGACCUCCUGGAGAGUGUCAGGCUGGACAAAGAGAAAGCAGAGACUCUGGCCAGUAGCCUGCAGGAAGACCUGGCCCACACCCGGAAUGAUGCCAACCGGCUGCAGGACACCAUCGCAAAGGUAGAAGACGAAUACCGAGCCUUCCAAGAGGAAGCUAAGAAGCAAAUAGAAGAUCUGAACAUGACCUUAGAAAAAUUACGAUCAGAGUUGGAAGAAAAAGAGACAGAAAGGAGCGACAUGAAAGAAACAAUCUUUGAACUUGAAGACGAAGUGGAACAGCACCGGGCAGUGAAGCUUCACGACAACCUCAUCAUCUCUGACUUAGAGAAUACGGUUAAAAAACUCCAGGACCAAAAACAUGACAUGGAAAGAGAAAUCAAGACCCUCCACAGGCGACUGCGGGAGGAGUCAGCGGAAUGGCGGCAGUUCCAGGCUGAUCUGCAGACUGCGGUGGUCAUCGCAAAUGACAUUAAGUCUGAAGCCCAAGAGGAGAUUGGUGACCUGAAGCGCCGCUUACAUGAAGCUCAAGAGAAAAAUGAGAAGCUCACAAAAGAAUUGGAGGAAAUAAAGUCACGCAAGCAGGAGGAGGAGCGUGGCCGGGUGUAUAACUACAUGAAUGCUGUGGAGAGAGAUCUGGCGGCCCUGAGGCAGGGCAUGGGGCUGAGCAGAAGGUCCUCGACGUCCUCGGAGCCGACGCCCACGGUGAAGACCCUCAUCAAGUCCUUUGACAGCGCGUCUCAAGUGCCCAGCCCUGCCACGGCAGCAAUCCCCCGAACGCCUCUGAGCCCGAGUCCCAUGAAAACGCCCCCUGCGGCUGCCGUCUCCCCCAUGCAGAGACAUUCCAUCAGUGGACCGAUCUCCACGUCCAAACCCCUGACAGCCCUCUCAGAUAAGAGACCAAACUACGGGGAGAUCCCUGUUCAAGAGCAUCUGCUGAGAACGUCUUCGACCAGCCGACCUGCUUCUCUGCCGAGAGUACCUGCCAUGGAGAGCGCAAAGACCAUCUCAGUGUCCAGACGGAGCAGCGAGGAGAUGAAGCGCGAAGUGUCAGCUCCCGAGGGCGCGUCGCCCGCUGCGCUCAUGGCCAUGGGGGCCACCUCGCCGCAGCUGUCGCUCUCCUCCUCGCCCACGGCCUCCGUGACCCCCACCGCCCGCAGCCGCAUCAGGGAAGAAAGGAAGGAUCCUCUCUCGGCCUUGGCAAGAGAAUAUGGGGGCUCCAAGAGGAACGCCUUGCUGAAGUGGUGUCAGAAGAAAACCGAGGGCUAUCAGAACAUUGACAUCACCAAUUUCAGCAGCAGCUGGAACGACGGGCUGGCCUUCUGCGCCCUGCUGCACACGUACCUCCCCGCGCACAUCCCCUACCAGGAGCUCAGCGGCCAGGACAAGCGGAGGAACUUCACGCUGGCCUUCCAGGCGGCUGAGAGCGUCGGUAUCAAGUCCACACUGGACAUCAGCGAGAUGGUGCGGACCGAGCGGCCGGACUGGCAGAGUGUGAUGCUCUACGUGACCGCCAUCUACAAGUACUUUGAGACCUGA